AUGAGUUACAAGAAGACACUAAACUUGGUGAAGGCUUGUUCGGUGUUGUUUAAAGGAACUUUCAGAGACAAUAUCGUUGCAAUUAAAAAGAUGAAAAUUAGUGGAAAUGAAGACACAUUAAACAAUGAGUUUGAGAAGGAAGUUGAGAUGUUAGACAAAUUUAGAAUGAAUAUAUUGUCCAUUUCUAUGGAGCAGUUUUUAUACCCAAUAAAAGAUAUUAAAUUAAACAAUUUACUUGUGUUUUCUAACAAUCCAAAUGAUAAAGUCAACGCAAAACUGACCGAUUUUGAAAGUGCAAGAAAUGUUAAUACGAUGAUGACCAACAUGACAUCACU